AUGGCGGACAAGUACAUCCUGCACGUCACGGCCGGCCCCGCCUACGACGAGGCCACGCACGUCGAGGUCCCCGUCAACCGGCCGCAGCCCGUCCGCGUGGCCGGCGCCGCGGCCGACAUCGAGCUCUGCGUGCGGAUACGCGACUACGAGGGCCUGCCGCGCGGGUCGCCCGCCUCGUCGCCGUACUUUGACGCAGAGCCGCACGCCUACAACCAGGACCAGUACAGCAUCGCCUUUCGAUUCACCCCGAAGCGGCCCGAGAAAGCGGUGGGGGCGGUGACGACUGACGGUGGCGACGACGGCGACGUUGAUGGUGGCAAGAAUGCGCGGCGGCGGGGAGGAGGCCUCGCCGCAGGAGAGGACUCGGGCGAGAGCUCUUCUCGCGAGGGCGACGACGACGACGACGGCGCGAACCAGGGACAAGCAAACGGCAUCAGCGGCAUGGACCUCCAGUUCGGCAACGACUUUGAUCGCCCGAUCCGCGACCGGCUGCCGCCGGGCUUCAACACGGCCAUGAGCAUCGUCCGCUGGUGGAUCGACCCGGGUCUCGACGGCGACGCCUACGCCGACCGCCCCUACCUGUACGGCCCGGCGCUGAGCUCCUUCAACGCCCUGCACGUCGGUCCGGGCCUUUACGACAAGGCGCGCGGCGGGCUGUGGUUCGAUGAGGGCGGCGACGAGCACGACGGUGGGCUCGAGGCGCGCCGCGCGGCUGGCGCCCCCGACGAUGCCAAGGCGCGCAUGAAGUGGGCGCUGCGCGACGCGAGCAAGGAGCGCUGGGUGUUUGAGUACGGCCGCACCUACGGCUUCGACUUCUUCAACCCGUACCUCGACUUUCGGACCCUGGCGCUGCGCCUGCCGGGCUUCCACCUGCCCAUCAUCAAGUACUGGGACGGCCAGGGCCUGAGGUAUGUGCUGCGCAACAAGUCCACCGGCGAGGUGUACCUCGUUGUCGUCUUCACCAUCUACCUCAAGGAAGACGUCGCCGAGGACGGCACCAUCAGGCAGGGCGCGACGGAGCGGGCCGUCGCGGGGCCCAACGGCGGCGCAUCGUCGGACGACGAUGAGGACGCCGCUGAUGGGGAAGCCGCUCUGCGCGAGGUGAGGGAGACACUAGGCAAAACGCAUAUAGAAGAGACGAGGCCCGAUGACGUGGACUAGACAGCUGAUGAGCGGCUACGGCGUGUGUAUAGAGCAAUGACUUAGACUAGAGACGAGUAGGCUGGGCGCUAUAGGAGCGCCUGUUGUUUGGCUCUGAUGCCGAUGCCAUCUGACGACCCGCGACUCAAUCUCGGGAAUUGUACGAGGCAUGUGAAUACGAAUUCUACGGUGCUCGAGCGCGCCAUGGAGGGCGAAAUGGCCACAUG